GAAACGCCCAAAUAUUAAAGUCUUGUCAGCUGCGUGAAGUUUUCACGGGACCCCUGUGAAAAACUGCCGGAAGUACGUCAACCUAUUCAAGCAGUGUGUCAUCUUCGCACUUGACUGAAAUUUCAGCAGGUUUACUAGAGGCGUGGUUUUUGUCCCAUAUAAGAAAACGCGAGUUAAGAGACGUCAGCCCCACCAACCACCGGUCUUCUGCUUGGGUGAACUUCAGCUUCUGCAAAUAUGGCUCACCUCCCUGCACUUUUUAAAUAUGUGGACGAGAACCAAGACGUCUAUGUGAAGCGUCUUGCAGACUGGGUUGCAGUUCAGACUGUGUCAGCUUGGCCAGAGAAGCGCGGAGAGAUCAAGAAAAUGAUGGAAAUGGCUGCAAAGGACAUCGAGAAAUUGGGGGGCACCGUGGAGCUGGUGGACGUUGGCAAGCAGAAGCUACCCUCUGGAGAAGAAAUCCCCCUGCCCCCCAUUGUCCUGGGACAUUUGGGGUCUGACCCACGCAAGAAGACGGUGUGCAUCUAUGGUCACCUUGAUGUCCAACCAGCUGCUUUAGAGGAUGGUUGGGACACAGAGCCUUUUACGCUGGUGGAGAAAGAUGGAAAACUAUAUGGAAGAGGAUCCACUGAUGACAAAGGUCCUGUUUUGGCCUGGUUUAACUGCAUUGAGGCUCAUCAGAAGAUCAAACAAGAGCUUCCCAUCAACAUCAAAUUCUGCUUUGAAGGAAUGGAAGAGUCUGGGUCAGAGGGUCUGGAUGAACUUGUGUUUUCAAGAAAAGACACUUUCUUCAAAGACGUUGACUAUGUAUGCAUCUCUGACAACUACUGGCUGGGCAAGACCAAACCCUGCAUCACCUACGGACUGAGAGGUCUCUGCUAUUUCUUCCUUGAGGUGGAAUGCAGUGAGAAGGACCUGCACUCUGGUGUGUUUGGUGGCUCUGUUCAUGAGGCCAUGACUGACCUAAUCGCACUUAUGGGCUCCCUUGUUGAUAAGAAAGGCAAGAUUUUGAUUCCUGGUAUAUAUGAUAAUGUGGCCCCUCUGACAGAAGAAGAGAAAAAGCUCUAUGAGAAAAUAGAUUUUGACCUAGGUGAAUACUGCAAAGAUGUUGGAGUCUGUCAGUUGUUGCAUGAUACAAAAGAGGAAAUCCUCAUGCAUCGCUGGAGGUACCCAUCCCUGUCGCUCCAUGGGAUAGAGGGAGCUUUUGCUGAAACUGGAGCAAAGACCGUCAUCCCACGAAAGGUUAUCGGGAAAUUCUCCAUCCGCCUCGUCCCAGACAUGGAUCCCACAGUUGUUGAGAAACAGGUGAUCUCCUACCUGGAGAAGCAGUUUGCAGAGCGAGGAACUCCCAAUAAGCUGAAGGUACACUUGGGCCAUGGAGCCAAAGCAUGGGUGUCUGACUUCAACCACCCACACUUCAUGGCCGGACGAAAGGCCAUGAAGACAGUAUUUGGAGUGGAGCCUGACCUGACUCGUGAAGGAGGAAGUAUUCCAGUCACACUGACAUUUCAGGAAGCGACUGGCCGCAAUGUGAUGCUGCUUCCAGUUGGGUCCUCAGACGAUGGCGCCCAUUCCCAAAAUGAGAAAAUAAACAGAUCUAACUAUAUCGAAGGGACCAAGAUGCUGGGGGCCUACUUCCAUGAAGUUUCUCAAUUGGAAUAAAAAUGUUUAAUUUCAUCCCCUGAAUCAUUGCCAUAUCCAAAACAAAUUACACUACAGUAUCCCCUGUCCAGUUGUAAAUGGUGCAGAACCAUUAGAAUAAAAGUAUUUUUACUUAU